AUGCAUACAGUUCAGCUACGUAUGAUAAAAGGCAAUGAAAGUCGAGAACAGUUAUGGCAGAGUCACGUGGAAUUACGUCGAGAAGUUGGUGAAUGUGCUGAUGAAAAUAUUCUGUUUGGUUGUUUACUUGCAGAUAUGAAUCGAGUGCCAGCCGCCAUCGACUAUUACGUCUCAAUCAAUUAUAUUGAAGGUGAUAUGGUUUUUCCUACUUCAUUAUUAACAUCAAUUGGUCGUGGAGUGCUUCGUCGUGGUACUCCAGUAGCGUGGCCAAAUGGAAUUGUACCAUAUUAA